CGUAAUGUCAACAAAACAGUUACAGGCUAGUAAUUUGUAUUCGGGGAAAGGGACUGAAACUGUCUGACCGCUUCUUAUGGAGAAGCGUUUUAUGGUGUAAACCGACGUUUAUUGCUGAUAUUAUCCCACGUUUUGAAAGAUGGAGUGCGCCACUGUGAGGGAAGAAAGCUGCUGUGCUGGGCCAAGCAGGGCACCGGCUAAAAUUGAUACAAAGCCACAGGAAGCAAAGACUCCCCAAGCUGAACUGAUGAGCCAAUGGGCAGACACCAUCAAGAAGGUGAUCUUCAUUGUGGGAGGGGCUGUCAUCGUCUUUGCAGCCGCCUGCAAUUCCCUGACCUGGCAUCUGCAGUCGUUCUGGGGUGCUUCGGGUGACUUCUGGAACCGACAGUGGAUGAAGGUGUACCACCUGUUUGGAGGAAACUUGUUCAUGCUUGAAGUAGUAGGCACUCAGAUGGUCACCUUUGUGUUCUACUGGCUCUUCAACGCAUUCUUCCUCUUUGUUGAUAUUACUGGCAAACCAGCUUUCAUUCUCAAGUACAAGAUACAGGAUGAUCAGAACACACCGGUGCCCUGGCCCAAGCUGAGGAAGGCCCUACAGACGGUCCUCUUCAACCAGUUCUUUGUCAACAUCCCCUUUGCCGUAUUUCUGUACGUCAUGAUGCAGUUGCGUGGUUGUAACAUCAGCGCUGAUCUGCCCACCUUCAAGUGGGUCCUGGUUGAGCUAGGGGUUUUCCUCAUCUUUGAGGAGAUUGGAUUCUACUACUUUCACAGACUUCUGCAUCACCCCCGCAUGUACAAGCACUUUCACAAGAAGCACCAUGAGUGGACCGCCCCCAUCGGUGUGACUGCCAUCUACGCACACCCGUUGGAGCACGUGCUGGCCAAUAUGUUGCCCCCCGUCAUCGGUCCCCUCCUGAUGGGCUCCCACGUAGCUGUGCUGUGGGUCUGGUUCCUGAUUGUGGAGGCCUCAGCUAUUGUGGCCCACUGUGGCUACCAUCUGCCUCUGUUACCCUCACCAGAGGCCCACGAUUUUCAUCACCUCAAGUUCACCAACUGUUACGGCACUUUGGGCAUCCUGGAUCGUCUGCAUGGAACUGACAACCUGUUCCGUGAGAGCAAGAACUACCCGCGCCACAUCCUGUUGCUUGGACUGGUCCCACUGUCUCAGACCUUCCCAGAUGAUCCCAAGCAGAAACGCAAGGACUUGGAGGGCAAGAAGGCAGACUAACUCGGGUAGUAUGGAGUUAAAAUUUGUCUCAUGAGGGCACUAGACAUUGUUAAAAUACCUGGCUAUCUGCCUCAAUCUUGGGGCGAGUUCAAGCCACGACUAGUUAUUUGACCAAAGCUUCCCCAAAACGCUGUAUGGUUUGGGCCAUCUAGUCCACAUAUGGAACCGGGCCGUAGGGCAUGGUCGCACUACUGGUUAUCAGCAGCCAAUUUCAUUUAAUAGUAAUGAGGGAACCAUUCACCACUGACCAUCGUGAAUGCCUCAAUAAUUGAAAGAAUUUGACCAGCAGUCAAACUUUAGCGUGUGUUCAUGUCUUUCCAGGAAAUAUGUUCUGGCACAUCUCAUAUUUGUUAU